GGGAGUAAUGAGCACCCCUCCGGAGGAGGGCCAGCUCCUUCAUCUAUUGCUAAAGCUCAUGAAUGCGAAGAGGACGAUGGAGAUCGGUGUGUUUACGGGCUAUUCGCUCCUUUGCACUGCACUCGCCUUGCCGGAAGAUGGAAAGAUCACUGCCAUUGAUGUUGAUAGAAAAAGCUUUGAGAUAGGAUUGCCAUUCAUUCAGAAGGCUGGUGUCGAGAAGAAGAUAGAUUUUAUUGAAUCAGAAGCUCUUCCCGUUCUUGAUAAAAUGUUACAAGAGGGAAGAGAAGAAGGAUCGUUCGAUUUUGCAUUUGUCGACAGUGACAAGGAGAACUAUGGUGAGUACCAUGAAAGGUUGAUGAAGCUUGUCAAGAUUGGUGGGCUCAUCGGCUACGAUAAUACACUUUGGUUUGGGACCGUAGUAGUUCCCGAUUGUUCUAGCUUGCCUGACGAUGGCAGGAGAUUGAGAGACUGCUUGGUGAAUUUCAACAAGUUCUUGGCUUCUGACCCUAGAGUUGAGAUUUCGCAAAUUUGCAUUGGCGAUGGUAUUACCUUGUGUAGGCGCCUUUAUUAAGGUUUGAUCAGGCUUUUAUCGAUUGAGGAUUGUCUAAAUUGAAGGCGUGGAACGAUGAUUGUAAUAAGUGAGAUAUCUACUCUAAAUAACGCUUGUUUUGUUAGUAGUGUGUAAGGUAUCAGGAUUCACUAGCAUUGGUAGGCGUAGGUGGAUGCAGACCCAUCUAAGUGGAUUCAAACUCAAACUCACACAACCAAGAUGAAGCCGGGUUUCUAAAGCUUUAAGUUUUCUCUAUAGAGUGUAUUUUCUAUACUAGGGCUUGUUUGGAAAGAUGCAUUGCUUUGCAUCAUAUGGAAUUAAUAUAUUAUUACACAAUGAUUUUAUGUCUCGAAAUAUCUUGGUAUUUUGACCAUUCAAAUCUUCUACAUUUGAUACCCCAUUCUUCAUUUGGGAAAAACACUC